AUGCUUGGGGUUGGGAAUGAAGGAAUGUCUACACUAACGGGAUUGAAUCAAAUACAAUUUGAAGGAAUUGUAAUCAAUCAAAUAUUGCAAAGCCCAGGUAUCUAUUAUCGGUCAGAAUUGGACAAUAACGGAAUUUCAGUCUAUACUGGCACAAUAAUAUCAGAUUGGGGAGGAAGAUUAGAGUUAGAAAUUGAUAGAAAAGCAAUGAUAUGGUCUCGUGUAAGUAGGAAACAAAAAAUAUCUAUUCUAGUUCUAUCAUCAGCUAUGGGUUCGAAUUUAAGUGAAAUUCUUGAGAACGUUUGUUACCCCUAA